AUGAUUUCGGUUUGUGAUGUGAAGGAUCGUGUAGCCAUCCUUGCGGAUGAAAUGGCUGUUGUAUGUGGCAUCCUGAUAUGCCAUGCUGCAGAUAAGUUAUUUUCUGCUUCAGCCACCAAAGUUUAUGCUAUUCUGACUUGUGGAAUCUUCUAUGGACCAGCUAUUUCCAGGAUUAAUAAUGCUGCAUUUGAGUUGGUGGUAGUCACAAAUACAAUUCCACAAAAGGAUAAAAUGAAAUACUGCUCUAAAAUCUAGGUUAUUGACAUUUCAGUGAUAUAGGCUGAAGCAAUGUGGACAACACACAAUGGUGAAUCUGUGUCUUACCUAUUCAGUCAUGUUCUACUAUAA